ACUAGUAGAGGGGAAUAUAUAUUCACAAGUUCGUAAAGAGUAAGCAAGCGCUUUACUUCAGUUUAUUUUAUUAUUGAGGGUCGUGGUGAUUCGGUUGAUCUCGUGUACUGUCGUUGGAGUAGGGGAUGAAACAUUUGGGAUUGGUCAUCUUGAGGUGGGUCCUUGUGUGUAUCUUCGUGUUUUCGUUCUUGUUUUCAUUUUUAUCAAACCCAAUAACGUAUUAGUGAAUUUUGUGAAUUCAAUGGGAACACAUCGUUCUCACAAAAAAAUAUUAAUUUCAAUAAAAAAAAUAAAUAAAAAAAUAACAAACUUUAUUUAAAUAAUCAAGUAAACUAUUUUAAUUUUUAAUUAAAUUUUUAUGUUUUUCUUUGAUUAUAAUUAUCAUUUAUAUGAUAAUUACCCUUUUUUUUUCUAAAUUGUUUAAGUUUUAAAUUAUUAAGGUUUUUGUGACUUGAAGGAAAAAAAAAAAAAACUAAGACUUUUUUGGAAAAAAAAUUAGUUUUAUAUUAUCCAUGUGGACAAUAACUUUUUGUGUAAAAAAAAGUGAAAUUAAACAUCAUUCAACGAUAAUCAAUAGAAAAAGAUUGUCAGUUAAAUAAUAUAUUGAAAAAAAAGCAAAAAUGGUGGGUUAUUAUCAAACGGAGCAAAUGCCAGUUUGUGAUCAAGCAUCACAAAUGCCAAUAGCAGUACCAACAUUGGAUCCAAAUAAUAAACCAGUUAAAAGUCUUGUAUGCAGUCCUGAUUUAUCAGUAUUUUCACCAACAAGUGGUGAUCGUAUUGCAGUUAAUAAUUCAAAAAAUGAUGAUAAAUCAUAUCAAUGUUUAUUAUGUCAAAAAAACUUUGAUCAAAAAUUAGUAUAUCAAAGUCAUUUACGUUCACAUGGUAAAGAAGGUGAUGAUCCAUAUCGUUGUACAAUAUGUAGUAAAACAUUUGCUGUACCAGCACGUUUAACACGUCAUUUUCGUACUCAUACUGGUGAAAAACCAUAUCAAUGUGAAUAUUGCAAUAAAUCAUUUUCAGUUAAAGAAAAUUUAAGUGUUCAUCGUCGUAUACAUACUAAAGAAAGACCAUAUAAAUGUGAUGUAUGUGAUAGAGCAUUUGAACAUAGUGGUAAAUUACAUAGACACAUGAGAAUACAUACUGGUGAACGUCCACAUAAAUGUUCAGUAUGUGCUAAAACAUUUAUACAAAGUGGACAAUUAGUUAUACAUAUGCGUACACAUACUGGUGAAAAACCAUAUGUAUGUAAAUCAUGUGGUAAAGGUUUUACAUGUUCAAAACAACUUAAAGUACAUACACGUACACAUACUGGUGAAAAACCAUAUUCAUGUGAUAUAUGUGGUAAAUCAUUUGGUUAUAAUCAUGUAUUAAAACUUCAUCAAGUUGCUCAUUAUGGUGAAAAAGUAUAUAAAUGUACAUUAUGUCAUGAAACAUUUAAUUCUAAAAAAACAAUGGAAAUGCAUAUUAAAACACAUGCUGAUUCAAAUAGUAAUGUAUCACCAAGAGAUUCACCAACAAUUGAACCAGUCAUUGAAAUAUCACAUGGUAUUGGAACAACAACAACAAAUAAUCAUAUAAAUAAUAAUAAUAAUCAUCAUCAUAAUAAUAAUUCAAUGAGUAGUGAUGCAAGUAGUACCAUUAGCAGCAUAAGUAGUAGUUGUAGUACAAGUAGCAAUUGCAGUGACAAAGAGAAUAACAAGACUGAUGAUAUAAAUACCACUACCAUUACAACGACAACAACUACCACACCAAUUUAUAUGCAAUCUAGAGAUAUAUCAUAUUAUUUAUAUCAAUCAAGAGAUCAUCAAUAUAAUAAUCAAGGACAAAAUUCUGGUGGAGUUAAUCCAGCUUUAUUGGCUGCUGCUGCUGCUGCAGCUGCCGCAGAAGACAGAAGUUUUAAUCAAACUCCAUCACCAAUUCCUCAACAACAACAACAUUUCCAACAACAAUAUUCUCCACAACAAAUGCAUCAACAUCAGAUGACACAACAACAAUCUGAAUCUAAUAAUCACCAUCAUCAUCAACAACAACAACAACAGCAACAUCAUAAUCAUCAUCAACAACAACAACAACAACAUCAUCAUCACCAACAUCAACAACAACAACAACAUCAUCAACAACAUCAACAGCAGCAACAACAAUUAUCAUCAUCACCACCACCACCAAUGCCAUCAUUUUUAUUUAUAACACCAGAAAACAUCACAACACCAGCCUAUACUCAAUACAACAAUCUUCAUGUUAAUGAUUUAAAUGAUAAUUGUUCAUUACUUAAUUUACCUGGCAAUGAUGCCAGAAGAAGAGUUGAAGCAGCACUUGAAGCUGUUGAAGAAGAACAACAAAGAGUUGAAUAUUCAACAUUAACAACAAAUCAUGCAAAACAACAAAUUUUAACACCACCAAGUAGUAAUCCAGUUAGUCCAGCACCAUCAUCACCAGAUCCAUUAGAUCUUGUAUUACCAAUACGUGAAACACUUAUAUUACCACCACGUAAACGUUGUAAAGCAAUAUUGGAAUCAAUGGAGAGCGAAAGAACUGAACUUGCAUCACAGAGACACAGUUCUGUUAUACAAUUUGCACGUGCCUCAUAGUGCUCAUUUUCAUUGUAAUAAUCAUUCAUUAUAAGACUAAAUAUUAAACAAUAUUCAAGACUUUAUUUCCGUGAAUAGUUUUUUUUUUUUUUUAAUAGAUAAAUUAAAUAAUUUGUGCCGAAUAUUAUUAUAUACGAUUAUUACUGAUUUUAAAUCGUAAAUUAUUAUUAUUAUUAUUAUUACUAUUAUUUAAAAUUUAUUGAUACAAAUUCGGUCAAUUAAAUUUAAAUACUUUUGAUUUAUUAUUAUUAUUAUUACUAUUAUUAUUAUUAUUUUUAAUGUUAAUAUUAGUAUUAAGAAUGUUGUAAUCGAAGUCAAAUUUUUUCAGAGCUAUUUAUUAUGUCCCAUUAUUUUGGGACAAUGUUUGAACGUAAUUGUGUGCGUAUGUGUGUUAACAAAAAAGGAAAAAAAAAAAGAAAAAAAAAAUCUCGUAAAUAUUAUUUUAUUAGUUAUUAUAAUUACUAGACUUUUUUUUUUUUUUUUUAAAUAAUGUUUUAUUUAAAAUUUAUAAUCGACUCGUUUGGUUCGAUGUCCUUGUAUUCCUGCCCUAGUGGCAAUCAACAAAAGAAAAAUAAAAAAAAAAUAUAUAUAGUAUAUAUAUUUAAAAAAAAAAGAAAAUGAUAUAUUUAAUAAAAUUGUUAUUAAAAAAAUCAUGGCUAGAGACUAAAAAGCACCAAACGAUAAAUAUCUCUGUGAUAUAACAACUCCCAUACUACCAGAGUAUUGAGGGUAGCUGAGCCCACUGCCAGUACAAGCUAAAUAAAUAUAUAUAAAUAUUAAAUAUAUAUAUAUUUAAUAUAUUUUAUGAAAAAAUGAAUAAAUGAACAAUUAAAAAAAAUAAAAAAAAUAUAUAUAUAAACUCUGCUACUUUUCUUGCAACAGUAAAAUAAAUUAUCGAUUUUAAUUUUGUCAUAUAUUGUUAGAGAAUGUUCGUUGGCGCAUCAGACUGAUCAUGUGUACAUCUGGCCAUUUUUCAUUGGCAAUAAAAAUAUAAAAUUCAUCAUUCUAACAAA